UCGUUUACAUAAUAUUUCAUAGUACAUACACGAAUACACGAUACACCAUGGGGCAUAGACUUUUUGCAGAGCAGUCGUCAUACCGGCCGACCGGGUAGAAAAAACUUUAAACUUUAAAGUACUUGGUUAAUUAGUAUUCAGUACUGCUCAUCAGACACCACUGAUAGUGAUCAGUGACUUGAGUUAGCAGUGGCCGGUGAGCUGAUCUGGGCGCCGUUGCCCGUGAGGUGGGUUUAAUACUUAAUAUUAUUGAGCACUCGACAAAAAAAUGGCCAAUCGAACGGUAAAAGAUGCAAAAACCAUUCACGGGACAAAUCCUCAGUAUUUGAUAGAAAAGAUCAUCCGGUCUCGUAUUUACGACAAUAAAUUCUGGAAAGAAGAAUGCUUUGCUUUGUCUGCCGAGUUACUGGUGGACAAGGCCAUGUUGAUGCGAUUUAUAGGAGGAGUAUUUGGAGGUAAUAUCAAACCCACACCUUUCUUGUGUUUGACGUUGAAGAUGUUGCAAAUACAACCAGAAAAAGACAUAAUUGUGGAGUUCAUAAAAAACGAAGAAUUCAAAUAUGUCCGCGCGCUUGGGGCAUUUUAUAUGCGUUUGACGGGCUCGUCAGUGGAUUGUUAUAAAUAUCUGGAACCAUUGUUGGCAGACAGUCGUAAGUUAAGAAGACAAAAUCGGGAGGGUCAGUUCGAGCUUAUAUACAUUGAUGAAUUUAUUGACUCACUGCUACGAGACGAACGUGUAUGUGACGUUAUAUUGCCACGUAUACAAAGCAGACAUGUGCUGGAAGAAAAUAAUGAGUUAGAACCCAAAGUGUCUAUACUUGAAGAGGACAUAGAAGAAGGUGUUGAAUCAUCAGAUGAUGAAGAGCCUACAGAUAAAAGAAGAGAAAAGGAACACAGGAAUAAACAUUCCCCUGUAAAAGAAAAAAGAAGAGACAGAGAGCGUGAUAAGAGGAAUAGAGAUAGAGAUCGAGAUCGAAGAGAUCGUGAUAGGGGCGAUAGAAGAGAUAGAGACCGUCAUAGAAGGAGUAGAAGUCAUGAUCGAGAACGAUCAAGAAGACAUAGGUCAAGAUCACCUUAUAGAAAAUAAAACAACACUUUUUCAUUUGUAAAUACAUGUAUAUUUUUUUUCAACAAAUAAAUCAUUUGAACUCAAUCAAAAUAAUCUUCUAUAUCAAUAUUAGGAUCUAACAAAUCGUCCAUUAAAUUA